CUGUUGCACUGUCAUAGUUGGGAACAGGAAGUUCCGGGAAGAAAACGACAGAACUGUGUUAUGUCGAUAGUGGUUGUGUCCGUUUCAAAUGUAUUAUUACAGAGAGAUGCCAACUGCAUGGAAUGGCGUCGAUUAAUGCGGAUGAAUCGGAGCACGUGUCAAACUCAUUCCAUGGAUGACCAAGUGUAUGUGGUUCAGAAACUCUAAAGAGGCCUAUUGGCCGACUCAGAUUAAGAGGCCGUUAACAUCAACAGUGAGGACAAACCCAGCCUGCUUCUUUCCUUCAACACCAAGUCUGAACCUACAGUCACUGGGUCCUGCUUGUGACAGUGGAGCCCAGUUUGCACUGCAGGAUCCAGAGAUGACAUCAGUGAAUCUGGAAGACUGCAGUCAAACACUGGAGCUGAAUGUCAUCAUUAAAGAUGAAGAGGAGGAGGAGGAGAUCGGUACAUCUGUUAGUCAUGGAGACCAUGUUGAGACAUUCUCUACAUCCAGAGAGCAACAGCAGGAAGAUCACAGAGCUAAGAGGUCUCACCACUGCCCACAUUGUGAGGAGAUUUUCCCAAUUCUAUCAAAGCUAAAAAUACACCUAAAAAUACACACAGGAGAGAAGCCUUACUCCUGCUCCGACUGUGGGGGGAGAUUCUCCCGAUUGGAUACCUUAAAAUGUCACCACCGAAUACAUACAGGAGAGAAGCCUUACUCCUGCUUUGACUGUGGUAAAUGCUUUAAAACAUCAACUGAGCUAAAAUCUCAUCAGCGAAGACACACAGGAGAGAAGCCUUACUCCUGCUCUGACUGUGGGGAGAGUUUCUCCAGAUUGGAUACCUUAAAAUGUCACCAACAAAUGCAUACAGGAGUGAAGCCUUACUCCUGCUCUGAAUGUGGAAAGAGUUUCUCUCAACAGGGCAACUUAAAAACACACCAACGUAUACAUAAAGGAGAGAAGCCUUACUCCUGUUCUGACUGUGGGAAAGGCUUUAAAACAUCAACUGAGCUAAAAUCUCACCAGAGAACUCACACAGGAGAGAAGCCUCACUACUGCUCUGACUGUGGGGCGAGUUUCUCUCAAUUGAGCAAUUUAAGAAGACACCAACGUAUACAUAAAGGAGAGAAGCCUUACUACUGCUCUGACUGUGGGACGAGUUUCUCUCAGUUGAGCAACUUAAAAACGCACCAACGCAUACAUAAAGGACAGAAGUUCUCUCAGACCAGCUAAGAUUAAAGUCACUCCAUCACUUAAUUCUCAUUUGAUAAAGGAAAUGGUAACAGUGAAUUUGAUCAAAUGAAGAAAGCGUAGAACACUCGAUUGUAAUCCAAUAGUUUCUCACUGUGAGAGAACUGUACAGAGGAAAAGGAGUGUUAUAGAAUGUUAGCCUCUCUUUACUUUACUGAUCAGUGUUCACCUUGUCAGUUUUGGUGUGUUUUGUUAGAUUCUACUGUAAACAUAUUGAGAUUACCAUGAUUUUCCCAUAGCGUUGAAAACCCUCUGAAGGAUCACUUGUUAAAACAAUGCAGUGUGAUGGUUGACUGGGUGGUACGGCUUCCUUCUGCAGUUUUCUGUUGGAUUGAGUUAGUAGACAUAACAUGUAUCAGAUAGAGAUGGGGUGAUGAUCAGUUUUCACCACUAGUUUCGGUAUAUUAUUUUUGCUAUUAAUCAACUUUGUUUAAUGAUAAACAGGCUUUGAAACAUUGACACUGAAAAAAUAUAUAUAAAUGCAACAUGUUUUUAUUUUCUAUUUCACCUUUAUUUAACCAGGUAGGCUAGUUGAGAACAAGUUCUCAUUUGCAACUGCGACCUGGCAGACCUGGCAACAUGUGAAGUGUUCGUCCCAUGUUUCAAGACCAGAAAUGUUCCAUAUGCACAGAAAGGAUAUUUCUCUCAAAUUCUGUGCUCAAAAUUGUUUCCAUCUCUGUUAGCAUUUUUCUUUGCCAAUAUAAUCCACCCAUCUGACAGAUGUGGCUUAUCAAGAAGCUGAUUAAACAACAUGAUCAUUACGCAGGUGAACCUUGUGCUGGGACCAAUACAAGGACAGUCUAAAAUGUGCAGUUUUGUCACACAACCCAAUGCCACAGAUGUCUCAUGUUUUAAGGGAAUGUGCAAUUGGCAUGCUGACUGUAGGAAUACCCACCAGAGCUGUUGCCAGAUAAUUGAAUGCUAAUUUCCCUACAAUAAGCUGCCUCCAACAUUGUUUUAGAGAAUUUGGCAGUACCUCCAACCGGCCUCAACCGCAGACCAUGUGUAUGGUGUUGUGUGGGCGAGCGGUUUGCUGAUGUGAAUGUUGUGAACAGAGUGCCCCAUGGUGGCACUGAGGUUAUGGUAUUGUUAGGCAUAAACUACGGACAACAAACACAAUUUUUGUGCCAUUCAUCCGCCGCCAUCACCCCAUGUUUCAGCAUGAUAAUGCAGCUUUGUGAGGCUCAUUUGAACUUGUUGAAUUUCUGGGAUCUUUUAUUUCAACUUCAUGAAACAUUUGACCAACACUUUACAUUGCAUUUAUAUUUUGUAGAUUUGUUAUUUUAGUCAUUGAUAAUUAAUGUAUUUGGAUAACUGUAGGGAACUUAAUUGAUCUACUAAUGAAAAAUAAAUGUUCUACUUUAA